AUGCUGAUAGGCCUCGAAAUCGCCAAGCCCGCCUGGAGCGGCGGCGGCGCGCCCACCGGCGGGAUCAACGGCGGCAGCGGCGUGUCUGUGACGCUGGGCGGGAAGGCGCUGGACGACCACGUGGCGCUGUGGAUGCGGGAGUUUGACCGGCAGGGGGUGGGGCACAUCACCGAGGAGAUGUUCCACGAGGGCGUGUCCCGCUGGGUCGCCUACAAGUUGCGCCGCUCCGCCCUGAGGAACGAGCCCAAGUUCCUAAAGGCCGCCGCCAAGGACCCCGCGGCAGCUACCCAGCAGCUGCUCGUCCACGUCGACGACCUCAGCAUGCCCCUCCUUGAGAUCAGCUCCGGCUCUGGCAGCGAUGGCGGGGAGCCCUACACCGACGACUCAGAGACGGACGUGGAGUCGGCCGCGGGCUGCUCCUCUUCCCAGGGCAGCGCGAGCGGCGCCAGCAAGGACGACGCUGACGAGGCGCCGCUGGAGCCGUGGCAGGUCGGCAUCAGGGCGGCGGGCCUGCUGGCGGCGGGGACGGCGCUGUGCGCGGUGUUCUCAGACCCCCUGGUGGGCACUGUCACUGACAUAUCCCGCGCCUCAGGCGUCCACCCCUUCUUCCUCGCCUUCAUCUUCAUGCCCAUGGCCUCCAACGCCAGCGAGCUGGUGUCUUCCCUGGCGUUCGCCGCCGGCAGGACCACCCAGCGCAUCUCCGUGACCUUCAACCAGGUGUACGGCGCCGUCGUGCUCAACUCUACGCUCUGCCUGGGCUGCUUCCUCGCGAUCGUCUACUCCAAGCGUCUGCCUUGGACCUUCACCUCCGAGGUCAUCGUCAUUCUGGUCCCCACCCUGCUGCUUGGCGCGUUUGCGACGCGCCGCCGCAGCUGGCCGGCGGCCUGGGGCCUGGCUGCGGUGCUCAUGUACCCUCUGGCCCUGCUGCUGCAGUUCCUGCUCAUGCACGUGGCCAAGAUGGGCCGCUGA